CAAACCCAAUACCAAACUGCAACAAACGUGCUAAAAAUAAUAAAAAAAAACAAAAAUACACGCGCAAGCGAAAGUAUUUCCAAGUGCCACAACGUGCCGCUACAUGACAACGCAAGAUGACAUCGCAUUCCUAUUAUAAGGAUCGUCUCGGCUUCGAUCCCAACGAGCAGCAGCAUGAGCCAAGCAAUGCCAGUCCACAUCAUCACAGCGGCAGCAAUUCGAUGAAACGCAGCAGCUCCAGGCAGACGCACCAUCAUCAUCAGAGCUAUCAUCAUGCCACCACAACGAGCAGCUCAGCCGCAUCGCCGGCACGAAUCUCUGUAUCGCCUGGAGGCGGCGUCGGCAUCGGUGGCAACGGCACCCUUGACUACCAUCAGGUGCAGCGGGAGCAACGCGAUCGAGAAUUGUAUGCCAAUGGCCAUAGCAACAGCAGCAGCAGUCAUCAUCAUCAUCACCAUCAUCAUCAUCAGCAGCAGCAGCAGCAGCAGCAGCAUCGGCAUUCGCAUGGAUUGAUCGAGGCUAGUCCGGCGGCCAAAAAGGCCAAACACUCGUCAACGCAGGCGCAGCCGCAGGGCGGCUACGAGGAUGCGUUGACGCAGUUUAAAGACGAACGCGAUGCCAUUCAAAAGAAGACUUUCACAAAAUGGGUUAACAAACAUCUUAAAAAGGCCAAUCGACGAGUUGUGGAUUUGUUUGAGGAUUUGCGCGAUGGUCACAAUUUGCUUUCACUCUUGGAGGUGCUAUCUGGCGAACACCUGCCACGAGAGAAGGGUAAAAUGCGUUUCCACAUGCUGCAGAACGCACAAAUGGCGUUGGAUUUUCUGCGCUAUAAAAAGAUCAAACUGGUCAACAUACGUGCUGAGGACAUUGUGGAUGGUAAUCCCAAGCUAACGCUGGGCUUGAUCUGGACUAUUAUAUUGCAUUUCCAGAUCUCCGAUAUUGUUGUAGGCAAAGAGGACAACGUAUCCGCACGCGAGGCCCUGCUGCGCUGGGCGCGCCGCUCGACGGCUCGGUAUCCGGGCGUGCGUGUCAAUGAUUUUACAUCAUCGUGGCGCGAUGGUUUGGCCUUCUCGGCGUUGGUGCACCGCAACCGACCGGACUUGCUUGACUGGCGAAAGGCAAGGAACGAUCGGCCGCGCGAACGUCUCGAGUCGGCGUUCCAUAUUGUGGAGAAGGAAUAUGGUGUUACGCGUCUAUUGGACCCAGAGGAUGUGGACACUAAUGAACCAGAUGAGAAAUCCCUGAUUACGUACAUUUCAUCGCUGUACGAUGUAUUCCCGGAGCCGCCCUCCAUUCACCCGUUGUUCGACAUGGAGUCACAACGUCGCGUGCACGAGUAUCGCGAUUUGGCACAACAAUUCAUCUAUUGGUGCCGCGAGAAGACCGCCUAUUUGCAGGAACGCUCGUUUCCGCCCACGCUGAUCGAGAUGAAGCGUCUGCUGAGCGAUCUGCAGCGUUUCCGCAGCGAGGAGGUCAGCGCUCGCAAGCGUGAAAAGUCCAAGCUCAUACAGAUUUACAAGGAGCUGGAACGUUACUUUGAAACGGUAGGCGAAGUGGAUGUGGAAGCUGAUCUUCGUCCAGAUGCCAUUGAGAAGGCAUGGUAUCGCAUGAAUACAGCACUACAGGAUCGUGAGGUUAUACUACAGCAGGAAAUCGAACGCUUGGAGCGUCUGCAGCGUCUGGCCGACAAGGUGCAGCGCGAGAUAAAGCAUGUGGAUCACAAGCUCACGGAUCUGGAGACACGCAUCAGUGAGGAGGGCAGACGCAUUGAGCGUUUGCAUCCUGUGGAUGCCAAGAGCAUUGUUGAGGCGCUCGAAACGGAAAUCAGGCAUCUGGAGGAGCCCAUUCAGGACAUGAACCAGGAUUGUCAUGUGCUCAACGAGGGUCGCUAUCCCCAUGCCAGCGAACUGCACAAGAAGGUCAACAAAUUGCAUCAACGCUGGGCUCAAUUGCGCACCAAUUUCCAUACGAAUCUGGUACAGAAACUGUCCGGCUUAAAGUUUCCCGUCCAUGAGACGACCGUGACGCGUCAAACGCGCAUGGUGGUCGAAUCCCGACAGAUCGAUACGAAUCCACAUUUCCGUGAUCUGCAGGAGCACAUUGAGUGGUGCCAGAAUAAAUUGAAACAAUUGCUUGCCGCUGACUAUGGCAGUGAUCUGCCAUCGGUCAAGGAGGAACUGGAUCGUCAACAGCACGAGCACAAGAUCAUUGAUCAGUUCCACACCAAAAUACAGAACGAUGAACGCCAACAGACCAAGUUCUCGGGCGAUGAAUUGAACCUCUAUCAGCAGCGUCUCAAUCAGCUGCAAAAGGUCUAUGCUGAGCUGCUUAGCACGUCGACGAAGCGUCUAUCCGAUUUGGAUUCACUGCAGCAUUUCCUUGGACAGGCCUCAGCCGAGCUGCAAUGGCUCAACGAGAAGGAGCAGGUGGAGAUCACGCGCGACUGGGCGGACAAACAACUCGAUUUGCCUUCUGUGCACAGAUACUAUGAGAACUUAAUGUCCGAACUGGAGAAGCGUGAGAUGCACUUUGCGACGAUCUUGGAUCGUGGCGAGGCUUUGCUAAAUCAACAGCAUCCGGCAUCCAAGUGCAUUGAGGCCCAUUUGACGGCACUGCAACAGCAGUGGGCGUGGCUGCUGCAGCUAACCCUCUGUCUGGAGGUGCAUCUGAAGCAUGCGACCGAAUACCAUCAAUUCUUUGCCGAGAUCAAGGAUGCCGAACAGUGGCUAAGCAAACGCGAUGAGAUACUUAACAGCAAGUACUCACAAUCCGAUUUCGGUUUGGAUCAGGGCGAGGCGCUGUUGCGCGGCAUGCAGGAUCUGCGCGAGGAGCUAAACGCAUUUGGCGAGACGGUGGCUACGCUGCAGCGUCGUGCCCAAACGAUUGUGCCGCUGAACAAGAGACGUCAGCCGGUUAACCGACAAGGUCCGGUUCAAGCGAUCUGCGCCUAUAAGCAACAGGGUCAGCUGCAUAUUGAGAAAGGCGAAACGGUCACAUUGCUCGACAAUUCGGGCCGCGUAAAGUGGCGCGUUCGCACCGCCAAGGGUCAGGAGGGUUCCAUACCCGGCGCCUGCCUGCUGCUGCCGCCACCAGAUCAGGAGGCGAUCGAUGCGGCGGAACGUUUAAAACGUCUUUUCGAUCGCUCCGUUGCGCUGUGGCAGAAGAAGCAUUUGCGUCUGCGUCAGAACAUGAUCUUUGCCACAAUACGUGUGGUCAAGGGCUGGGAUUUCGAUCAGUUCCUGGCCAUGGGACCCGAACAGCGAACGGCCAUACGGCGUGCCCUGAACGAUGAUGCGGACAAGCUGCUCAGCGAGGGAGAUCCCAAUGAUCCGCAACUGCGACGCUUGCGACGUGAAAUGGACGAGGUCAAUCGCUUGUUCGAUGAGUUUGAGAAGCGCGCCCGAGCUGAAGAGGAAAGUAAACAGGCGAGUCGCAUUUUUACCGAGGAAUGCAUUGCCAUCAAGAGCAAACUGGAGGAUAUGGCACGUGAACUGGAUCAGAUUAUAUUGGCGCCGUUGCCGCGUGAUCUGGAUUCGCUGGAGCAUGUGCUUGAAAUACAUGCAGACUACGAACGCCGGCUGCACCUGCUGGAGCCCGAGCUGAAGCAUUUGCAGGAGACUUUCCGCACCAUUGCGCUGAAAACGCCCGUGCUAAAGAAAUCACUGGACAACCUUAUGGAGCUAUGGAAAGAGCUGAACACACAGAGCGGACUGCACAAGGAUCGCCUGAAGCUGCUCGAAGCCUCUCUAGCUGGCCUCGAGGAUAACGAGCAUGUCAUUUCCGAGCUGGAGAAUGAGCUGGCCAAGCAUCAGGAUUUGCCCUCGACCGCAGAGGGACUGCAGCAGGUGUUCAAGCAGUUGACGCACAUGCAGGACAUAAUCACGCAACAGCAGCCGCAAAUGGAUAAAAUGAAUGAUGCCGCCGAUCAGCUGGGACGCAUGGGUGUCCCGACCAAGGUGUUGGGUGAUCUAAAACGCCUGCACUCGAACGUGGAGCGUCUGAAUACGCGCUGGAGUGCGGUCUGCAAUCAGUUGGGCGAGAGAAUGCGUUCAUGCGAGACAGCCAUUGGGCUCAUGAAGAAUCUCCAAUCGAGCGUGCAAGUCGAGGAAUCAUGGGUGGAUGGCACCACCGAGCGUCUAUCAGCCAUGCCCACAGCGACUUCAGCUUACGAAUUAGACAAACUGCUUGGAGCUGCUAUCGAACGAAAACCAAAAAUCGAAAAUGUCAACGUGGCUGGAGGACGACUCAUUCGCGAAGCUAAGAUUUACGAUAGUAAAUGCCUGCGUUUCGUCGAUUGGCUGCUCGAGGCACGUCCCUCGUUCUCGCCGCCACGUCGCGAUCUGCGUCCGGCGGAUAGCGAUCCGGGUGCCACACAGUAUUACAGCCAGCGUUUGGAUAAUCUAAAUACGAAAUACGACAGAUUGCUGGAACAAUUGUCGCAGAGGCUAAAAACUGCAAUCGAGGUGAAUGGCAGCGAUGGUCUGCAAUACGCUGAAAGUCUACAGAAACCGCUCAAAACCUUUAGAGUUGAUUUCAGUGCGGGCAGCGUGCCAACUGGCGAUGGUUAUGCUGCACGCCCGGAUGAUCUGUAUACCACGACAUAUAGCACAACACAAUUCAGCUCAACGAAAACAACGAAAAGCUCCUCGAAGAGCAUUUACAGCAGCGAUGGCAUCGAUGCCGCUGGUCAGGAGUCGGGAGCUACACCACAGUCGCAAAUACAAUUCAACGAGAUACGCAGCCUGAAGCGUAUGCAACAGCUUGGAGGUAAUGGCACCUCCGUGCUGGACAUUGCCGGCAUACGAGAUCCGCGCACGGGUCGCGUUCUGACCAUUGGCGAAGCCAUACAGCUGCGAAUACUUGACGUGCGCACCGGCGAGAUGCUGGUGGGUGAGCGUCGCAUAACGCUCGAACAGGCUGCUGAACAAGGCCUGAUCGAUGCGCAGCUGGCGCGCCAGCUUCUGCAGCCAGGCGCUGGACGAGAUGCAGCCGGACGUGAGCUCUCACUGCUGGAGGUGAUACAGCGCGAGAUAAGCGAAGCCGAGUCCGGCUAUGAGACGGCCGAGAAACGCAUCAAGGUAAACAACACAGUCACAGUAGAGCAGUCGCCAUUGCCAACGCAAUCCCCCUUGGAUGUGGCAUCCCCCGAGAAACCUAGAAAUAUUGUCGAUGCCAUUUGUGCGGGCAGUGUGGAUGCCAAGACGGGCCUAUAUCGAGUCAAGUCGGGCCAAACAAUUAGCCUGGCCGAGGCGUACGAGCGUGGCUAUCUGAUACGCCACGAAUCGGUGACAAUUAAAUCGAAUGCGCUGUGUUUAAGCGAUGCCAUUGCCCAUGGCUUGGUGGAUAGUGCUGGCUGGAUAAUAGAUCGCAAUUCGGGUGAUAAGUUCCGUUUGGAUUCGGCCAUUGCCAAUCAGCUGAUCGAUGCGAGCGUGCGCGAAAUCGUCGAUGCCAAACGCGACGUGAAAAUUACUCUGCAAGCCGCGUUGCAGUCGGGCGUGUUAAAUGCUAAAACCGGUCGCUACCUGAACGAGGUGACCAAAGAGAAGCUCAGCUUCUUGGAGGCACGAAAUCGUCAACUGAUUGUUAAACCGUAUACCCUUAAAGAUAUAUGUGAUCUUAAUCUGCUCGAUAAACAGUCCCUGAUCACAAGCCCAAUGCGUCGCGAAAAACUAAGCAUUAUGCAGGCCAUCGAGGCGGGAGUUUUGGAUGGCAACCAGCUCAAGUGCAUUACGAAGCGUAAGGGUGAGUUAAUCACACUGCAGGAGGCAAUUGCCGAUGGCAUUGUGCUACCAGCCGAGUGUAAAUAUCGUGAUUUUAUGACGGGCGAGUUAAUAAGCAUACCCGAGGCUGUGGAACGUGGCCUAAUAAGUUCAGUAUCACAGCGUUCCAUUUUCGAUAUCGAUGGUUUCAAGGAUUUGCGUAGCAAUGAUUAUGUCAGCUUUAAUGUGGCCCUCUCGCGUGAUAUUUUACGUCGCAAGAGCACGGGCUUUGCCUUAGAGACAGGUCGGGAUAGUCUAGUCCCACUUGAGGUGGCCGUUGGUGAGGGUCUGGUACGGCAGGAGGUUUAUGAAAUGUUUAGUCGAGGCAUUGGCGUACAUAAUGCCAGCGGCAAGGAGCUAAGCGUUUUUGAUCUGGUCUAUCACAAUCUUAUUGACCCGAAGACUGGUUAUUUACUCGAUCCCAAGACUGGUGAGACAGUGCCUCUGGACAGCGCCAUUGAGCGCAAGUUCAUCACACCUGAAGGUGCUUUGCUGCUGAGCAGCCUGCUCAACAUUACGUUGACCACUGAGACUGUGACUAGAACGAUCAAUCGUUAUGUGACCAUACGUGCCGGCUCUCAGGAGCCAGGUGAUACAGUUUUACUGACCUUUACCGAGGCAGUGCGUCAGGGUUUCAUUGACGAGGAUAGACAGCUAUUUAAAGAUCCCAAAACGGGCAAUGUUUACUCGGUGCAGCAGGCGCUCAACUAUGGGCUGCUUGUACCCGACAGCAAUCAAACGGUGCCGGAGCCCACAAAUCGCAAAAAGACCAAGUCCACCAUAACCAUAGUGACAAAACAAAUAAUGCCCGAAGCGGAGCCUAUCAAACUCAACACACAGCAUACUAAAUAUGUAGAAAAGUCCGUGGAAAUACCUAUUUCCCAGGAGCUAAUCAAACCGCAGCGUAUUGUCUCGGAGUUUAUUAAUCUUGAGAAGAGCAGCUACAUGGAACAGAAUGUUACAGAGCGUCAAAUUAUGGAGCUGCCGCCGGGCGGCUGGCGCCUGAAGGACGCCAUUGAACAGCGUCUAUUUAAUCCCGAUACGGGCGUAUUCCAUGUCCAGGGCACAGAUCGUCUGGUCAACUUUGAGGAAUGCAUAAACAAGCAGAUUAUAAACAAUUUAUCUGUCGCUGUUAUUGAACCCAACACGGGAGAUAAAAUAUCUGUUAAAUCCGCCUUUGAGCGUGAUAUUCUGGACAGCUAUGGCAACUAUACAAACAACAGGCAGCAGGUCCUAGGUAUGCGCAGCGCCAUUUCCGAAGGUAAAAUUCUAUUGGAGACGGUACCGGCUACGCGUGGCGCCAGCCAGAAAACAAUUCUACGCAUAACGCGGGUAAAUAACAUGCCUGAUGUGCUCGAGGUAUCGACGCCAUUGCACGAUGCACCACCACGUUUCGUGGAGGUCGGCACCUGUCAACGUGAACUGGCUUCACCGGAGCCACUGCAAAUAGCACCAGGUGCUAUCUACGAUCCGUCCACAGCGCUUGUCAUUUUCACCCAAAGCGGAGAGACGGAGAACAUUUUUGAUGCCGCGCGUCAGGGUCUUAUCGAUGAGCAGCUCAUUAAAAUUGUGGAUCCAACGACGAAGCAACAAAUUUCUGUUACAGAAGCAAUUGCUAGAUCUAUCUACGAUCCACGCACGGCUACCAUUCUGAAUACCGAAGGGCAACCGGUGGAUUUAAUAACGGCUACCAAACUGGGUCUGCUUAGUGUAGUCGGUGCCCCUCUCGUAGCUGCUGAGGGUGCACUGCGCACUGUGCGUUUUGUGGUUGAUCCACGAACCGGUGAGCAGAUACCCGUUGAGGUGGCUUACGAACGUGGCAUAGUAUCACGUGAUCAGCUUCAGCGCGGACGCUCUUUCGAAAACGAACCCACAAUGACAACAACAACUGAGGAGAAGGUUGUGGUGCUUCAAAAGAUGCGCAAGAUUAUACUGAAACCGCGGGAUGCACUGCGCAAGUGUAUACUCGAUGAGGAGACCUGCAAAAUACUUGAAGAUACGCGCAACUUUACCAAUGCCCAAGGCGAGGUCGUAAACAUUAGCGAGGCUUUGAAUACUGGUCUGAUUGAUGGACGUCGGGGCCAGGUGGCUGAUCCACAGCGCAAUCGUGUUCUCAAUCUGCGACAGGCUGUUGAACAAAAGAUCAUCGAUCCGGAGCAAACAAAUCACAUACUCAUGCCUCUGGCCAAGAGUCUGUCCAUUCCCAAGCUGCAGUCGCAAGGUCUAAUUGAUCCACAAACACAGACUAUUGUCCAUCCGGAGAGUGGUUAUCCUUUGAGCAUACACGAGGCCAUUGUUUGUGAAGUACUCGAUCCACAUUCCAAACUGCAGAAACCCACAAAGUGCACCCUAGAGGAGGCCAUCGAAAAAGGCAUUAUCAAUCCAGAUGAAUCCACAUUCAAUUACAAAAAUAAAAUCUUAAACAUUUCGGAAGCCAUCGAGGCACAUCUUUUCGAUGCGAGCUAUGACAAGCAAAAAUUCAAAGUAGAAAUACCACCCGUGGGCAUGAUAUUCCCAGUGGCUGUAGAAAAAAGUCUCGUGGAGCCUACAAAGCGUGUUGUGCUGCAUCCUAUCACCAAAAAGGCUCUGCCCAUUAAGCAGGCCAUCGAGGAUAACUUGAUAAUGUCCAUACCCUAUGCUCCCAAAGCGGAUGCCAUUGAGGUUGUUACUGCGCUGGAACGAGGUCUAAUUGAUGUGGCUGCACAAACCUAUACACAACCCACGACAGGCGAGCGACUAUCGUUGCGUCAGGCACUAGAGAAUGGCGUGCUGGUGGUUAAACCACUUUCCGAUUUUGUUAUCAAUCAAAAACCCAUAGCCAACACCGAGAUAAUGGAAACGCUGAGGGCGGUGCACACAGUGACCACCAAAACCAUUGAACUAAUGCAGGGUUAUGUACUCAUCUCCAAUAAUGAGGUGCAGAAUGUCAACACGGGUGAGGUGUGUACUCUAGAGCAAGCCAAGGAGCUAGGUAUAUUACGCGAGGAGGAAACAACACGCGAAACCAAAACCACAGCAGGCGAACCUGCCGAACAGGUGGCUCAUAGCACGUUGCCUAUCGCUAGCGAUAAGACUGUGAUCGUCGAAGAGCGCACACAAACCGUUGUGGUAAGCUCAGAUACGAAAAAACAGGAGUUGCAAGUGGUCAGCACCACACAAUCCACUAAGGAAGUUCCGGAGAACGCAGCAAAGCCCAGCAAGGAGCCUUCCAAGACUCUACAGAAUGUCAAAGAGGCAGCAAAAAUGGGCGCGUUGGGUGUCAUUGCAGCGCCAGUACUGGCUGGUGGUGCUAUUGUCAGCGGCGUUAAGAGUCUCAUCAAGUCCGCCAAGUCAACCGGGGAAGAUGUCAAAACCACCACGAUAACAACGGCUAUCAGUACCAAGGAGUCAACGUCGCAACCAGAAAAACCUCAAGUGAGCUUCAUCGAAGAGGAGCGCAAGGCAGCGCAACCACAGUCCCAACAAUUGCCAAGUGAAGUUGACAACCUGCUGCAGGAUACGGAAAAGUUUAUAAGCAGCACAACGGCCAACUUUAUUGCAAACGAACAACAGCAGCAUUUGCCUAAGGAUCAACCACAAGCAGUGAUUAAACCAGACGUAACAACAACCGCGUCUACAACAACCACAACUGUGACAACAAUAACUACCUCAAAAACAACAACGGAAGCUCUGCCUGUCACUGUCAAGGAAGAACCACUAAAAGAAAUAUUAGCGGAGCAACCGAAGGAGUCAACGAUAGUCAAAGAAAUUCCAGAGCGCAAACAGGAAGUGACCGAAACCGUCCAAACUGUGACUAGUGAGAAGUCAAUACCAGCUGAUCUGCAAAGGGAAAAACUAUUGGAGCAGCCCAAGGAGACAACAAAGGUCAAGGAAACACCAGAAGCAAAACGAGAUGUCACUAAAGUCACGGAAACUGUAACCCGUGAGGAGCCAAUUCCAGAGCCAGGCCAACAACAAAAGGACUCGCCCAAACCUGCAGAAAGGGCAAACACUUCGGAACCAGUUGCCAAGCCGGAGCCCGCGCCAAGGACUGCUGUUAAAGAGGAAGUAACGGAAUUUGAGCCACCCUACACAGCACCACUAGCGCCUUUCCAAGAGACAAUAGCCAAGGAAAGUGACAUUGGAACGGACGAACCGCUUACCACGGAUUCACAAAGCACUGUCACAAUAACCACAACACAGGUGAUAACAACGAAAACUGCCGAACCAACUCUGACGGAAACAACUAUCAAAAGCGAAGGCAAACCAGAGAAGCUUGUAAAAGAACCAGAACAUGUGAUUUCCGAAAUUGAACAACCAAUGCAACCAAUUGAAUCAAGUGAUAUUUUACUUGAUGAGCAAAUUGUGACUGUCGAGGAGCCCACUACCACAGAGUCGACAACAACUAAAACUACCAUUACCACAACAACAAUCACAAGUGAAGAGCAGAAACCACAUGAAGUUGUGAGUGUGGUGGAAGAGAUAAAGGAGGUGCCUAAGGAUGAACCAGUUGCACCCAUGGAAUCUGCGGCAGUGACAAAUGAUCAGCCUAAAAAGGAAGAGUCUCCAUUUAAAGAAAUAGUUGUCAAAGUAACAGACGAGGGUAAAGAGCAACCCGAGGAGCAGUCUCCAACCAAGGAAAUAAUUGAAGCCGUUUUAGAGAAGGCCAAGGAAGUAAGCCCAGAAGCACCCACUGCAAGCGUUCGCACCACAGAAACAGUUACCUCAACAACUGUAACAUCAAAGCAACCGCAACAACCAGGAGCUCUAGAGGAACUGAAACAACCAGAUGCUACGACAGACAAGCACCAAACAGUUGUCGAUUUCAUACAACACGAGAAAUCAGCGCAACCUGCUAUAGCUGGUGGCAGCAAUAUAAUGCAGAACGUCAAGGAUGCAGCUAAAUUAGGCGCAAUGGCUAUAGUAGGAGCGCCUAUCUUGGCAGGUAAAGCCUUGGUGGAUGCGCUUAGCACGGAUAAGACUACUAAACCCACACAGCAGAUUACAGAAAUUAUCACGCAAACAGGAGAAGAAAUUCAGCCAGCGGCGCCCGAACAUGACAGCUCAAGUAGCACCACAAUUGUGACCAAAAUAACAACAACCACCACCACAACAACAAGCAGUAAAUCCACGGAAUCUACGCCCGACGAUGAAGCGCGUGAUACAGUGGAGACACAAGUCAGCACAGUGGAGCACACGGGUAAACGUGAAGUACCUAUGACGCUGGCCAUUGGUGAUGCUAUAUCACAGAAAUUGAUCAGCCCCGAGGAGUGUCAAGUAAUUGUGGAUGGUGAACCACAGUCGCAAAGUGUGGCUGCACUACUCAAGGAGGAACAGCUCAGUCCAUUGGAUGAGGUGCAAAUCAUAGACGAUAAGUUGAUAAUUCUACAACAGAUUACCUACUUGGUGGAUGUAGAUACAGAGUUGACGCCCGAAAAGUUAAGUGAACUAAACAUCUACGAUACAAAACAUCAAUACUUCUUAGAUCCGUCGACUGGUCAGAAAAUAUCCUUCCAAACACUCGUCUUUGACAUGAACAUAUUCAAUCCCGAAACGAUUUUAGUCAAGAAUUUUAGCACCGACAAAUAUGAGACCCUAACCGCUGCACUCGAACGUCCCUUGUUAGAUAAGCACACAGGUCACAUGGUAGAUCCCAAAACAGGCAAAAAAAUACCGUUCUUUGAAUGCAUCGAACGACAAUGGAUUAUACGUGCCAAUCCCGAAGAGCAACGACCCGCUCCCAUUGAAAAUGUUACGAUAGACUCACAGACAGGAAAAGUGGUACUUGACGAUGGUCAAGUUUGUUCCAUUGUUGAGGCUAUUAACAGUGGCAAACUGGACAUACAGUCGAUAUCGGUGCGCGACCCAGUUAGCGGUGAGGUAAUUCCAUUGCGUAUGGCAAUUGAGUUGGGUGUGGUUGAUAUGCAGGCUGGUACGGUCAUAGAUAUACAGACACUAAAAGAAAUACCUAUGGAGCUGGCUUUCCAGUUGGGUUUCCUGGUACCCGGUGCACGCAAACCAAUUUCCCUUGAAGCGGCUGUACGCAAGGGUCUGUACGACCCCGAAACGGGCAAGCUCUACGAUUCCGAGUCUCAGAAUCAGGUCGACGUGCAAAAGUCUAUAGAAAUUGGUCUGGUUGAUCCCAAGAUUUCGCUCAUUGUGGAUACAGUUACCAAAAAGGAACUGAAGCUCGAUUGCGCUAUUGAGGAUGAGCUUGUGGUGCCCGCCACCGGUAAGAUUAAAGAUAACAAGAAUAAUAAGCUUGUGCCGUUUGAUGUGGGCGUUCAACAGCGUCUGGUGAAGACUGACAGCGUCACCUGGAGCCUGCCUGAGGUGCUGCAGCGUGAAUUUUAUUCGCCCACCACAGGUAAAGUGCUGAAUCCUGUUACGGGUGAAGAUAUUCUUCUUCAGCAGGCCAUUGAAAUGGGCUUUGUUGAGUUGGAUUCCACACUAGUUAAGGAUACCGAGCAUGAUAAGAUUUUGCCAGGCAAGGAAGCUGCCAAAGUGGGUCUUCUGGAUACGGUGCGUGGCACUCUUAGCUCACCCAACAUUAGCCUGGACGAGGCCUUUGUUAAGGGUUAUCUUAUAAGCACCAAGAAACCCUGGUCUCUGGUCGAUUGCCUGCUGCGUGGUCUUUACGACCCUUCGACAGCUAAAUUUAACAUUGACGGCAAACAGCUUGACUUAAAGUCGGCCAUUGCGCAGAAGCUCAUCAAUCCCGAAGAGCUUGUGCUGCUCGAUCCCAAAACUGAAUCGAUUAUUUCGUUGAAUGAGGCCAUUGCCAAGGGCUAUUUGGAUCCAAUUGGUGGCUUUGUCAUUAAUCCGUACGCUUCAACGAAACUCUCUCUGCAUGAAGCUCUCGAGAAUCGCAUUCUUAUACCACCCAAACGCAAGCGCAGUCUACCCGAUGCUGUUUAUAGGGGCCUAUACGAUCCCAAGACCGGCCAGUUUAGCAAUACGAUCACACGGGAGAAAUUAACAACUGAACGUGCCAUUCGUAGGGGUAUACUCGAUCCCGAUUCGACGGUCGUCAAUGUUUCAGGUCAGGUUGUACCAUUUGGUGUGGCCACCGAGACGGGUAUUGUGGAUAGUCAACAAGGCACGGUAAGGGAUACAGAUGAUCAGCAAAUUGAUUUCAAGGAAGCCUUUGAUAAGGGAGUCCUGGUAGAGGCUAAGAAGCCCUUGCGUCUCAUAGAAGCUGUUGUCAAGAAUAUUUACGAUGAGAGCGAUGGUCACUUUGUUGAUCCCAAGUCUGGAGAGAAACUGAACUUUGCCGAGGCUUUGAAUACCAAUCUCCUAGAUGAGCACAGCGUCCAGAUUAGGGAUUUCAAUAGUGGUUUGUACAAACAGCUCAAUUUAACGCAUGCUAAGGAUACAGGUCUUAUAGAUGCUCAGAAUGCCAAGCUACUUUAUAAUAACCAGUCGAUGACCAUUAAGCAUGCUUUUAACAUUGGUAUUCUGAUGGAUGUGAAUGCUCCCAUUAGCGUGCAGCGCGCUAUACAUCAGGGUCUCUUCGAUGACAAGACUGGUAAAUUGACUGAUCCCAAAACUGGACGGAAAAUAACCCUAUUGGAGGGCAUGCGCAGCUUUGUCAUUAAUCCCCAGCUGCCCUGCUAUUUCGAUGAGCAGUCUGAGCAAAUGUUCAGCCUCAGCGAGACCUGUCGCAAUGGCAUCAUCAAUAGAAGGGAGGGCGUCUUUAAGGAACCAGGCAGUACUAGCUUUGUGCCACUUGGUGAGGCUUUGAGCUUGGGUUUGAUUGUGGACAUAGAAAAUGCCGGCUUUGGGCUAUAUGAGCUUUUGGCCAUGAGCUUCUAUGAUGUGACCACGCGUCAGGUGCUACAUCCAGUGACCAAUCGCAAGUUAAACCUGAAUGAAGCCUGCGUCGAGGAUGUCGUUAGUCUUUCCUCCAGUUUGGUCAAGCAUUAUGAGUCGGGCAAAUAUAUGCGCCUAGCGAAUGCCAUUAAGGAGCAACUCAUUGAUGAUUCGAAGGGCUGUUAUAAUCUGGGCAAUGAACAAAUAGAUUUGCAGGCAGCUAGAGCACGUGGUUUAAUUGUCUCCAACCGCCGUCUAUUGAGUCUGGAAAUGGUUCUGCGCAUGCAGCUUUAUCGAUCCGAAACAGGCAAAUUCUGUGAUCCCACAACGGGCGAGUAUAUAGAUUUGAUUGAAGCUAUACACGCAGGCUUUAUAGAUCCAGCAAGUACUGUCUUUAAGAAUCAGCUUACAGGCAAGGAAUUACCCCUAACGGCUGCUAUAGAAAAUAGCGAUAUAGAUGUAACUAAGGGACGCGUUUUCGAUCCGAAAUCCAAAUCUACCUACAAUUAUGAUGUAGCUUUCGCGCGUGGCAUACUCGUGACUAUACCCCGGUCUCUUACCGAUCGCAGCGAAAUCGUGCGCCGUCAGGACAGCGUUGAACUCUUAAGUCAGACGCCCGUGAGCGUCGUUAUUAGCAAACCCCGCGAAAUGUCACUCGAUGAAGCUAUCAGAUAUAACAUAAUCGACCCGAAGACCGCACUCGUACGCGAUUUCGAUAGCUUUAAAUACUUGCCCUAUGCUUUGGCUCAUGAACGCGGUCUCGUUGACGAAUCAAAGCGCACGCUCGUCGAUCCUAAAGCUUUAUACUUUGCAUUUGAUUCCACGCUGUUGAUCUAUGUGCGGGAACCCGUUUCAUUCGAUCAGGCGGCUGAAUCCAAGUGUUUGGAUCUGCAAACCGGCAUGCUUACCUAUCAGCCCGUAAUCCCAGCCAGCGAUGACAGCGCAAACGAUUCACUGACUGUCAUCGAAACGUCGCCUAAGAUAUACACGCUUAAGGAUGCCGCCGGUGUUGGCAUUAUUGAUCCCGAUUCGGCGCUGGUCAAAGAUCUGGCCAAAGCGAAGCUUGUGCGUUUGCCAGAGGCCUUCCGCAAGGGCCUGAUGGAUGCCAACAAGGCGAACGUGUUGAAUACCCAAACCUCCAAGUUGUGCACACUGCAGGAGGCCUACGAGAGUGGCCUGAUCUGUACACCCAAGCGUUCAUUUGGUUUGCUAGAGGCCAUCACAUUUAACCUGUACAACCCGACCAAUGGGUGUCUAGUUGAUCCCUUCCAAAUGCAUCCCGAUAUCAUCAAGCGAAAGAAGUAUACAUUGGCCGAUGCCAUUAGUGCAGGUCUAAUUGAUCCCUCCUCGACGGUGGUGCGUGAUCCCAGCACUGGCGUCAUUCUACCACUGGCUGCUGCCAUUAGCACUGGCUUAAUAGAUGCCACUGAAGGUCGUCUGAACGAUGCCAAUGACCCAAAAAAUAAUAUCGAUUUGGUGAAGGCCGCCGAGAAGGGCUUACUGCUACCAGCCGAACAGCGGCAAGCAGUAUUCGAAAAGUUCAACAUGUGCGAGGAGAAUGUCAACGAUCUUCUCAAAUGGGUGACAUCUGUUGAACAAAAAAUCUCAAGCGUUGGCGGCCCUCGUGAAAAAAUCGAUGAGCUGCGCAAUCAAAUCAAUGCGCUCAAGCAAAUCAAGGAUGAAAUCGAAUCCCAGCAGCGUCCAGUGGCCACUUGUCUGGAGCAAAUACGUCAAAUUGUGCUUACCGGCGGCGAUGUGCUUUCCGCACCGGAGGUCACCACCUUGGAGAACUCUGGCCGUGAGCUGCGUUCUCGCGUGGAUCGUGUCAAUGAUCGCACUGUGCGUCUACUGCGUCGCCUGGAGGCUGGACGUGACGAGCUGACCAAACUGCGUAGCGAACUGGAUGUCUUCUCCGAUUGGCUGCAGUUGGCGCGCCGCACUCUGGAGGACAAGGAGCGCGCUCUGUCGGACCUAACGCGUCUUGCUUCGCAGGCAGACACCAUACGUGAGUUUGUCAGCGAUGUGAUUGGUCACCAGGCGGAUCUACGUUUCAUCACAAUGGCCGCACAGAAGUUUGUGGACGAGAGCAAGGAGUUCCUUGCCGUACUCAAUGACUUCCGCACCUCACUGCCAGAAAGGCUGCCCCAUGUGGAGCCACUGUCCAGUGCCGAGAGUCCCAUACGCCAGGAGGUUUCGCUGGUGUCAGCACAGUAUAAGGAUCUGCUGAAUCGCGUCAAUGCGCUGCAGGAUCGUGUCUCCGGCUUGGGUGGCAGACAGCGUGAGUACCAGGAUGCCUUGGACAAGGCCAAUGAGUGGCUGCGCAGCAUGCAGCCGCGUAUCUCGCGUGUCAUCUCCGAACCUGUCGCUGGAGAUCCCAAGGGCGUGCAAGAUCAGAUGAAUGAGGCGAAGGCGCUUCACAAUGAGCUCCUGUCCAGCGGUCGAUUAGUGGACAAUGCUCAACAAGCUCUAGAUAAUCUACUACGUAGCCUGGGCGGCCAGCUCAGUCCCAUGGAGAUUAAUCAACUGGAGCUGCCCAUUGCAGAUUUGAAGAACAACUAUCAGCAGUUGCUGGACACGCUCGGAGAGCACUGCAAGACUUUGGAUAAGACACUCGUGCAGUCGCAGGGCGUGCAGGAUGCACUCGAUAGUCUGGGUAGCUGGGUUAAUCAAGCCGAGGACAAGUUCAAGCUGAAUUUGCGUCCCGCCUCCCUAAUCAAGGAGCGCCUGCAAGAGCAGAUACGCGAGCACAAGGUGCUCCUGGCUGAUCUGCAGUCACAUCAGGCUAGCAUAGAUGGCGUUCAAAUCUCUGCCAAGCAUCUUCUAGCCAGUGCCUCUAAUGCGCGCAUUGCCAAGAAGGUGGAAUCAAAUCUGAACGAUGUAACUGGCAAAUUUGAGAAGCUCUAUGAAAAGGCGAACAAGCGUGGCGAAUUCCUUGAUGAUGUCUACAAUCGCCUCUCCAAGUACCUGGAUGACAUUAGCAAUGUAGAACAGCGCAUGGGCAGCCUGCAGGAGGCUUUGGACAGCCGCGAGACCAGUUUGCUCUCCACGGAGGAGGUGGCACGCCGCAUGCUCGACUUGGCUCGCGAAAAAGAUCAGUUGACUCCACAGUUCGAGGAUUGUGUGCGCAAUGGCAAGGACCUGAUAGGUCUGCGUGAUGUGACCGAUACGGGCGCUUUGCGUGAUCGCAUCAAGGCUCUGGAAUCUCAGUGGCGCAACAUUAACAUCAGCAUCGAUGAGCGUGCCAAGCUGUCCAAGCAGAAGGCCGAACGACAGUUGGCUUACGAAAGCCUCAAAAAUGACGUCUUGUCCUGGCUAACCAACACAGAGGGUCGUGUCAACGGACUGGCACCCGUGGCCAUAGAUCUAGACAAGAUACGCCAGCAGCACGAUGAGCUAAAACCAAUCUGCAAGGAUUAUCGUGACUAUGCGCCAACUAUAGACAAGAUCAAUGAUAUAGGCGCCCAAUAUGAUGCACUUGUGCGACCAGAUAGCCCCACACGCAAACGCUCCACGUACAGUCCCAUCAAAAGGACAAGUCCGCUGCGUCGUAUGUCCGGAGACGCCAGAAGCCCCAGCCCGACCAAGGGAGGUAUACUGUCGCCACUAUCGACUGGUUCCAGUGGAUUCGGUAGCCGCAGAUCCUCUCAGGAUGGCUUCCAGCUCUCUGAACUGUCUCCGGUGCAGCAGCAGCUGAGCGAGAUUAACAAUCGCUAUGGAUUGAUUGGCGUUCGUCUCAAUGAUCGCCAAAACGAGCUGGACAAUCUUAGCGAGGAGUUGCGCAAGCAAUACGAAAACCUGAAGGGUUUGGCGCAGUUCUUGGAACGUAUUCAACGCCAGGUGCCCAAGGAGUCGGUGUCCAACAAGGAGGAGGCUGACCGCUGCAUUAAGCAGGCGCGCAAGAUCCUCGAGGAUAUGUACGAAAAACAGAGUCUGCUGGACACAACCAAAGCGCAGAUUAAGGACAUCCUGCGACGCAAGUCAGAUGUGCCCGGCGCCGAGCAGCUGCGUGUGGAGAACGACAACAUCCAGGAGAAGUGGAAGAAUCUCAAUGACAUCUGCAAGAAUCGCAUUGCCUUCUCUGAGAAGCUUCGCGACUUCCUGGACACCCAUGGCAAUCUCAAGAGCUGGUUGGACAGCAAGGAGCGUAUGUUGACUGUACUGGGACCGAUUUCCUCGGAUCCACGCAUGGUUCAGAGCCAGGUGCAGCAGGUGCAAGUAUUACGGGAGGAGUUCCGCACUCAGCAGCCGCAACUAAAACACUUCCAGGAGCUGGGACAUGAUGUGGUCGAUCAUUUGGCUGGCACACCCGAUGCCCAGGCCGUUGAGCUGAAGCUCAAGGAUGUGCUCAACAAGUGGGACGAUCUAAUGGGUAAGCUGGACGAUCGCGCUAAUAGUCUGGGUGGUGCUGCUGAUAGCUCAAAAGAGUUCGACGCGGCUGUUAAUCGCCUACGCGAGGCUCUGCAAAACAUUAGCGACAACCUAGACACGCUACCCAUCGAUGGCGAUCACCAAGAAAAUCUCCGAAAGAUCGAAAACCUCGAGCGUCAGCUGGAGGGUCAGCGUCCACUCUUAGCUGAUGUAGAGCAAUCCGCGGCCACGUUGUGUAAUAUUCUCGGCGAUCCAGCCUCACGCGCUGAUGUCAACUCGCGUGUUGGAGCGCUAGAAAAGCAAUACCAGGCACUGCAAAAGAAGUUGGACACGAAGAAGGCUGAAACGGAGGCCUCGCUGCGUGAUGGCCGCCACUUUGCCGAGAACUGCUCCAAGACGCUCGGCUGGCUUUCCGGCGAGCUGUCCAAUUUGACCGAUCGUCUGCUUGUGUCUGCCCACAAGCCAACGCUGCAGCACCAGAUCGAUACGCACGAGCCCAUCUACCGUGAGGUGAUGGCGCGCGAGCAUGAGGUAAUUAUGUUGAUCAACAAGGGCAAAGAUCUGUCCGAUCGCCAGCAGGAUCGUGGUGUCAAACGUGAUCUGGAUCGUAUACAACAACAAUGGGAAAAACUGCGUCGUGAGGCUGUCGAUCGUCACACGCGUCUACAGACUUGCAUGGAGCACUGCAAGAAGUAUUCACAGACUUCUGAGACCUUCCUUGCCUGGCUGCGUACCGCCGAGGAUAAGCUCGCGGAUCUUACUCCCGGUGUCUUAUCCAAAUCCAAGCUUGAGACGCGUCUGCGUGACCUUCAAACGUUCCGCAGCGAAGUGUGGAAGCAUUCGGGUGAAUUUGAGAACACCAAGGGCCUGGGUGAAACCUUCCUCAGUAGCUGUGACAUUGACAAGGAGCCGAUCAAGGCAGAGCUGCAGGAUAUACGCGAUCGCUGGGAGCGUUUGAACAACGAUCUGAUCGCACGCGCUCAUGAGAUUGAGAACUGCUCGCGUCGUUUAGGUGACUUUAAUGACGAGCUGCGAAAUUUGGAUCACUCCCUGGGUCGUUGCGAGGAUCGCCUUGCCGCACAUGAUGCGCUGGGUGGUGCUGCCAAGGAUCCCAAGCUACUCGAACGCGUCAAGGCAAUACGCGAGGAGCUGACGAAUCUAAGUAAGCCGCUGCAAUCGCUUAAGGCGUUGGCCAAGGACAUUAGUGCCGAAGCACGUGCCGCCGGCGGUGAUGCGGAUCACUUGACCAGCGAAGUUGACGGCUUAGCCGAUCGCAUGUCCGAGCUGCAGGGUCGUCUGGAUGAUCGCUGCGGUGAGCUGCAAUCGGCCGCCACAGCUGUGUCCCAGUUCAACGAACAGAUGAAGGGUCUGGGUAUUGAUCUGAACGAUCUGGAGACUGAGGUUGAGAAGCUAUCGCCGCCCGCCCGUGAGAUUAAGAUCGUGCAACAGCAACUGGAUGAUGUAGGCAAACUGCAGAACAAACUGGAUCGCCUAGUGGGUCGUCUGGAGGAUGCCGAGCGUGCCGCUGAUGUUCUUGUAGACGCCGGCUUCUCUGCGGACACCAGUCAGACGCGCGACCAAAUCUCCACGCUGCGCAAGACUCUCGGUCGUUUGGAUAAUCGUGUGCGCGAUCAUGAGGACAAGCUUCAAAGCACGCUGAAGGCUCUGCGGGAGUUCUACGACGUGCAGUCGCAAGCACUGGAUGACAUCCAGGACGUAAGCGAUGAAUUCAAGCGAAUGAAGCCUGUGGGCUCAGAGCUGGAUCAGAUUAGACGCCAACAGGAGGACUUCCGCAAGUUCAGAGAGAACAAAGUAGAGCCAUUGGCUCUGAAUGUGGACAAGGUCAACAUGGCUGGACGCGAUUUGGUUCGCUCCGCAGCCAGUGGCGUCUCUACGAACACCAUUGAGAAGGACUUGGAAAAGCUGAACGAUCGCUGGAACGAUUUGAAGGAACGCAUGAACGAGCGCGAUCGUCGCCUGGACGUAGCACUGCUACAGUCCGGAAAGUUCCAGGAAGCCCUAGCAGGACUCUCCAAAUGGUUGAGCGAUACCGAGGAAAUGGUGGCCAAUCAGAAAGCACCCAGCUCCGACUACAAGGUGGUUAAGGCGCAGCUGCAGGAGCAAAAGUUCCUCAAGAAAAUGUUGCUGGAUCGUCAGAACUCGAUGGGCUCGUUGGCCAAUUUAGGAAAAGAGGUGGCCAAUCAUUGCGAGCCUGCUGAGCGCGCCUCCAUCGAGAAACAGCUGAAUGAUCUGAUGAAGCGUUUCGAUGCCCUCACCGAUGGCGCCGAGCAGCGUGAGCAAGAUCUAGAGGAGGCCAUGGAGGUGGCCAAGCGUUUCCAUGACAAGAUUAGCCCGCUGGAAUUGUGGCUGGAUAAUACGGAACGUGCAGUUAAGGCCAUGGAGCUGAUACCCACGGAUGAGGAAAAGAUACAGCAACGCAUUCGCGAGCAUGAUCGCCUGCACGACGAGAUUCUGGGUAAGCAGCCUGAUUUUACGGAUCUUGCCGAUGUGGCUGCUCAGCUGAUGCAUUUGGUCAGCGAUGACGAGGCUGUCAAUCUGGGCGAGAAGGUGCGCGGUGUGACCGAACGCUAUACAGGUUUGGUCGACGCCAGCGACAAUAUUGGCGCUCUGCUUGCCGAAUCCCGUCAAGGAUUGCGCCAUCUGGUGUUGAGCUAUCAGGAUUUGGUGGCGUGGAUGGAAAGUAUGGAGAAUGAGCUGAAGCGUUUCAAGUCCUUGCCAGUCUAUGCCGAGAAGCUGUUGGAGCAAAUGGAUCAUCUGCUGGAGCUGAACGAGAACAUUGCGGGACACGCAAACAAUGUGGAGUCCACUGUUGAAUCCGGCGCAGAGCUCAUGAAGCACAUUUCCAAUGAUGAGGCCAUACAACUGAAGGAUAAGUUGGAUUCACUGCAGCGUCGCUAUGGCGAUCUGACCAAUCGUGGUGGAGAUCUGCUCAAGAAUGCUCAGAAUGCUUUGCCACUUGUGCAGCAGUUCCAUGAGGCCCACAAUCGCUUGGUUGAAUGGAUGCAAAGUGCCGAGACCGCCUUGGCACCCAGUGAACCACGUCAGGCAGAUGUGCUGCGUCUGGAGAGCGAGCUAUCCGACAUGCGUCCCAUACUGGACACCAUCAAUCAGGUUGGGCCUCAGCUGUGUCAGCUAUCACCAGGCGAGGGUGCCGCCACCAUUGAAAGCAUUGUUACCCGCGACAAUCGUCGCUUCGAUGCGAUCGUGGAGCAGAUCCAACGCAAGGCCGAACGUCUGCACUUGAGCAAUCAGCGCGCCAAGGAAGUCACAGGUGAUAUUGAUGAGCUGCUAGAGUGGUUCCGUGAUAUGGAUACCACAUUGCGUGAGGCCGAUCCACCUGCCAUGGAGCCGAAAUUGGUGCGCGCUCAGUUGCAGGAGCAUCGUUCCAUCAAUGAUGACAUUUCCAGUCAGAAGGGACGCGUGCGUGACGUCACCGCCGCCUCCAAGAAGGUGCUGCGUGAAUCGCCGCAAAGCGAGAAUACCGCAACGCUGCGCGAGAAGCUGGACGACCUUAAAGAGAUUGUGGACACCGUUGCACAGCUGUGCAGUGAACGUUUGGGUAUUUUAGAGCAAGCUUUGCCACUUUCCGAGCACUUUGCCGACUCGCAUUCGGGUCUGACCACUUGGUUGGAUGACAUGGAGCAGCAAAUCUCACGCCUGAGCAUGCCAGCUCUGCGGCCCGAUCAGAUUACGCUGCAGCAGGACAAGAACGAGCGUCUUCUGCACUCCAUAGCCGAGCAUAAGCCACUGCUGGAUAAACUCAACAAAACAGGUGAAGCUCUGGGCGCUCUGGUCGCCGACGAAGAUAGCGCCAAGAUCAAUGAGAUUCUCGACACGGACAACGCCCGCUAUGCGGCGCUGCGUCUGGAGCUGCGCGAACGUCAACAGGCACUGGAGAGCGCUCUGCAGGAGUCCAGCCAGUUCUCUGACAAACUUGAGGGCAUGUUGCGUGCGCUGGCCAACACAGUGGAUCAGGUGAAUCAAUUGGAUCCACUCUCAGCACUGCCACAGAAGAUACGCGAGCAAAUCGAGGACAAUGAUGCUCUGAUGGAUGAUCUGGAUAAGCGUCAGGAUGCUUUUAGCGCUGUGCAGCGUGCUGCCAACGAUGUCAUUGCUAAGGCUGGCAACAAGGCUGAUCCUGCCGUGCGCGACAUCAAAGCCAAACUAGAGAAGCUCAAUAAUCUGUGGAACGAUGUUCAGAAGGCUACCAAGAAACGUGGCAGCUCCUUGGAUGACAUACUCAGUGUUGCGGAGCCCUUCUGGAAGCAGUUGAAUAGCGUCAUGAAAACACUCAAAGAUCUGGAGGAGACGCUGUCCUGCCAGGAGCCACCAGCGGCACAGCCGCAAGACAUCAAGAAGCAACAGGUGGCUCUGCAGGAGAUACGCCACGAAAUCGAUCAGACCAAGCCCGAAGUGGAGCAGGUGCGUCGCCAUGGUAGCAAUUUAAUGAACAUGUGCGGUGAACCUGACAAGCCAGAGGUCAAGAAGCACAUCGAGGAUUUGGAUAAUGCCUGGGACAACAUUACAGCGCUAUAUGCCAAGCGGGAGGAGAACCUGAUCGAUGCCAUGGAGAAAGCCAUGGAGUUCCAUGAAACACUGCAGAACCUGCUCAAGUUCCUCACCAAGGCUGAGGACAAGUUUGCUCACUUGGGCCCUGUGGGCUCCGACAUUGAUGCCGUCAAGCGACAGAUUGAACAGCUCAAGUCGUUCAAGGACGAAGUCGAUCCGCAUAUGGUCGAAGUAGAAGCAUUAAACAGACAAGCUGUGGAAUUAACGGAACGCACUUCGCCGGAGCAGGCGGCAUCGAUAAGGGAGCCAUUGUCCGUGGUCAAUCGCCGUUGGGAGGCAUUGCUGCGUGGCAUGGUCGAUCGGCAAAAGCAGCUCGAGCAUGCGCUGCUCCAUUUGGGUCAAUUCCAGCAUGCACUCAACGAGCUGUUGGUCUGGAUAAACAAGACAGACAGCACAUUGGAUCAGUUGAAACCGAUACCCGGCGAUCCGCAACUACUUGAGGUUGAGCUUGCCAAGCUUAAGGUGCUGGCCAAUGAUAUACAGGCGCAUCAGAACUCAGUGGACACACUCAACGAUGCUGGACGCCAGCUAAUUGAGACAGAGAAGGGCUCUGUGGAGGCCUCUACGACGCAGGAGAAGCUACGCAAGCUAAACAACGAGUGGAAGCAACUGUUACAAAAGGCCAGCGAUCGCCAGCACGAGUUGGAGGAGUCUCUGCGCGAAGCUCAAGGCUACAUUGCUGAGGUCCAGGACAUAUUGGGCUGGUUGGGCGAUGUGGAUGCCGUGAUUGGUGCCAGCAAGCCGGUGGGUGGUCUGCCAGAGACAGCGACCGAGCAGCUGGAACGCUUUAUGGAGGUCUACAAUGAGCUGGAGGAAAAUAGGCCCAAGGUUGAGACAAUACAAGCGCAGGGUCAGGAGUACAUUAAGCGCCAGAACCAAAUGAAGGUCUCCUCCAGUAAUCUGCAGCACACACUGCGCACACUGAAACAACGCUGGGAUGCGGUGGUUUCGCGUGCAUCCGAUAAAAAGAUUAAACUAGAGAUUGCACUUAAGGAGGCUACCGAAUUCCAUGAGACACUUCAGGCCUUUGUCGAGUGGCUCACCCAGGCUGAGAAGCAGCUUUCCAAUGCUGAGCCCGUUUCGCGCGUGCUGGAGACCAUUCAAGCCCAGAUGGAGGAGCAUAAGGUCCUGCAAAAGGAUGUGAGCACACAUCGUGAAGCUAUGCUGCUGCUAGACAAGAAGGGCACGCAUCUUAAAUACUUCAGCCAGAAGCAGGAUGUGAUUUUAAUCAAGAAUCUGCUCGUCUCAGUGCAGCAUCGCUGGGAGCGUGUGGUCAGCAAAGCGGCAGAGCGCACACGUGCUCUGGAUCAUGGCUACAAGGAAGCCCGUGAGUUCAAUGAUGCCUGGAAUAGCAUGAUGCAGUAUCUGCAGGAAACCGAACAGGUACUGGAUCAAAUCAUCGAAGAAGCCACUGCCUCCAAGGAGCCACAAAAGAUCAAGAAAUACAUUGGCAAGCUAAAGGAAACACAUCGCCAGCUAGGCGCCAAACAGUCCGUCUACGAUGGCACAAUGCGCACAGGCAAGAACCUCAUGGAGCGUGCGCCAAAGGGCGAUCGUCCAGUACUGGACAAGAUGCUACUGGAGCUUAAGGAGCAAUGGACGCGUGUCUGGUCGAAGAGCAUUGAACGUCAGCGCAAACUAGAGGAGGCCUUGCUGCUCUCCGGACAGUUUAGCGACGCUCUGGGCGAGCUGCUCGACUGGCUGAAGAAGGCCAAGAGCCGGCUCAACGAGAACGGACCCGUGCACGGUGAUCUGGAGACGGUGCAGGGCUUGUGUGAGCAUCACAAGCACAUUGAACAGGAUCUUCAGAAGCGCUCCGCUCAAAUGCAGGGCGUGCUGAAGACCGGUCGUGACCUGGAGCGCUCGGGCAAUAAUCCUGAAGUGGGUCGCCAGCUCGACGAGCUGCAAUCCAUUUGGGAGGAGGUCCAGAAAGCUGUGGGCAAACGCGGAGAGCGACUCCAAGUGGCUCUGGUGGAUGCUGAAAAGCUUAAUGCACGCGUUCAGGCUCUGUUCGAUUGGCUGGAUCAUGCGGAACACAAGUUGCGUUAUGCCAAGAAUGCGCCCGAUGAUGAGAAGGUCUCACGCGAAAUGAUGGACAUUCACACCGAGUUUAUGCGUGAUCUGCGCGUGCGUGAGCGUGAGAAGAGCGAAACGUUCGAGUAUGCGGAGGAGAUUAUUGGCAAGGCCUAUCCGGAUGCCAUACCCAUCAUCAAGAACUGGCUAUCAAUUAUACAGCAACGUUGGGAGGAGGUGCGACAAUGGGCCAUCAACCGCGAGUCGAAGCUGGAAUUGCAUUUGCAAUCGCUCAAGGAUCUGGACGAUACCAUUGAGGAGCUGCUCGCUUGGCUCAGUGGACUCGAAGGCACCCUGUUGAAUCUGAAGCACGAACAGCUGCCGGAUGAGAUACCACCUGUUGAAAAAUUGAUUGAAGAUCACAAGGAGUUCAUGGAGAACACAGCACGCCGCCAGAAUGAAGUGGAUCGCGCCUGCAAGCCUCGUCAACUGCCUCCUGGCGCGCGCAAGCCCUCGCGAAGUGGCAAGACGCCAGUUCGUGGCUCCAGUCACGAUCUGCGCGAACAGUCGCCCGAUGGCCAGCUUCGACGUCAAAGCUUCAAGGGCUCACGCGAUCAAGGACUCAACGCACGCAAGGGCAGUCGUGUUACGCCCACGCGUGAUACGCCCGACAGAGAUCGCCUGCCGCACUAUGGCCCCCGUUUCUCGCCAAGCUCUACCGGUACCGAACUUGAAUUCCGUUCACCACGCGCCAAACUCUUGUGGAACAAGUGGCGCGAUGUCUGGAUGCUGUCAUGGGAGCGUCAGCGUUUGUUGCAUGAGCAUCUCAUGUAUCUGAAGGAUGUGGAGCGUGCUCGCAACUUUAGCUGGGAUGAUUGGCGCAAGCGCUUCCUCAAGUACAUGAACCACAAGAAAUCGCGCUUGACUGAUUUGUUCCGGAAAAUGGAUAAGGAUAACAAUGGCAUGAUACCACGCGAUGUCUUUAUCGAUGGCAUACUGAAUACGAAAUUCGAUACUUCUGGCCUGGAAAUGAAGGCUGUUGCCGAUCUGUUUGAUCGCAAUGGCGAGGGUCUUAUCGAUUGGCAGGAAUUCAUUGCCGCUCUGCGGCCCGAUUGGCAGGAACGUAAACCCGCCAACGAUUCCGAUAAAAUACACGAUGAGGUCAAACGUUUAGUCAUGCUUUGCACAUGUCGCCAAAAGUUCCGUGUGUUCCAAGUUGGCGAAGGCAAAUACAGAUUUGGUGAUUCCCAGAAACUGCGCCUAGUACGCAUCCUUCGCAGCACUGUCAUGGUGCGCGUGGGUGGCGGCUGGGUCGCUUUGGACGAAUUCCUGCAGAAGAACGAUCCUUGUCGCGCCAAGGGACGCACUAACAUUGAGCUACGCGAGCAAUUCAUAUUGGCCGAUGGCGUCUCACAGAGCAUGGCCGCCUUUACGUCCAGACGUUCCACGCCCAAUGCUGCCCAAACUGCCAACAGUUCGCAAAAUGGCGGCGCCGGUAGCCCCAACUUGCCGCCAUAUAUGAGUGGACAGGGUCCCAUCAUAAAGGUACGCGAGCGUUCGGUACGAUCCAUACCGAUGUCAAGGCCAUCGCGAUCUUCGCUUUCGGCGAGCACGCCCGAUUCGCUUAGCGACAAUGAGGGCAGCCAUGGUGGACCCUCUGGCCGUUAUACGCCGCGCAAGGUCACCUAUACGAGCACACGCACGGGUCUGACGCCAGGCGGAUCGCGUGCCGGCUCCAAGCCCAACUCACGCCCGCUCAGCAGACAAGGCUCCAAGCCGCCGUCACGUCAUGGCUCUACGCUGUCGCUCGAUAGCACAGAUGAUCACACGCCCUCGCGCAUACCACAGCGCAAGGCAUCCGCUGCAAGCACCAUUAGCGGCACCGGCACCACCCCACGCCCGGCGCGUCUGUCUGUAGCUACAGCAGCCACACCGGGCAGCCGGCUGAAUGGCACCAGCACCAUCACACGCAAAACCGCAUCCGGUUCGGCAAGUCCAGCGCCUACAAGCCGCCCAUCACGGAUACCGGUUAAGAUACCCCUCAACGAUUCCAAAACAUCAUCGCCCACCAGCUCGUCUGCAAAUCCAAGCAGCUUUGGGUAAAUUUCUAUAUAUCAUAUAAAGAGAGCGAUAUAUACAUAUAUAUAAAUAAGCAUCCACUGUAGACAAUUAUGAAAUUAUUCAGCAAUAGUAGCAAGUAAUUAUUAUUAUUUUUAUAUAUUUAUUUAUGUUAUUUGUUUCAAAUUAUGUUAUCAAUUGUAAAACCAGUGCAUGUCAAACUGCAAUUGCCUGGAUUGCUUUCUAAUUCCGACUAAUGCUUUAAGUACUAUUUUAUUAUAUAACCCUGCACCAAAUAUUAUGAUUGAGAACCAAAAUAGAUAAAACGUCCGAUUGUAAAGAACUUCUCACUAUAUAAUGCAAUUUUAUAGAGCCGCAUGAUAAGUGGAGAGAACUUUUAAUAAGUGUCUUCUCUUAGAAAAUAGUCGCGUAUACUAGUUUAGAAAAAUAUUUUAGGGAAUCUUAGCUAUAGUAAGCUACUUAGGAAGAAGUUUUUCCUUUAGAUAGUAUACUAAACAAUAAAUGAACGUAUCAAAAGAAAUGAUUUGAAAAAAAAGGU